UUACUUAACUUUGUCAAUUUUUUUUUCUUCUUAUAUAGCGAUUCAUACUUAGAAUUCCCAAUACCUUUCCUUUCACUUCUCAUGCCAUGCAAUCAUCUCCUUCUUCCUUCCCUUACAGAUUCAGAUAUGAUGUGUUCCUCAGUUUUCGAGGGAAAGAUACCCGCCAAGGUUUCACAGGAAAUCUCUACAAAUCUCUUUGUGACAGAGGAAUUCACACCUUCAUCGAUGACCACCACCUUCCCAGAGGAGACCAGAUUUCCUCUGAACUUGAGAACGCAAUCCAAGACUCCAGAAUUUUCAUCAUUGUCCUCUCUCAAAACUAUGCAUCUUCCUCCUUCUGCUUAAAUGAACUUCAUUACAUCCUGAGGUUUAUUAAGCAUAAGGGUCGGUUGGUUUUCCCAGUUUUUUAUGGAGUUGACCCUUCUCAUGUGAGACACCACACAGGUACUUUUGGAGAGGCGUUGGCUCAUCAUCAAAAUAAUUCUUAUUACAACUGGGAGAAGCUUGAGACAUGGAAGAUGGCUCUGCAUCAAGUGGCUAACUUGUCUGGCUACCAUUUCAAACAUGGGGAAGGAUAUGAAUAUGAGUUCAUUGAGAGGAUUGUUGAGUUGGUCUGCAGCAAGAUUAACCGUGCUGCUUUACAUGUUGCGGAUUACCCAGUUGGAUUAGAGUCACAGGUGCUGGAAGUAAAGUUGCUUCUAGAUGUUGGAUGUGAUGAUGUUGUCCACAUGGUGGGGUUCCACGGACUUGGUGGAGUAGGGAAAACGACACUUGCUGCUGCAGUUUAUAAUUCCAUUGCUGACCAUUUUGAAGCUUUAUGUUUUCUUGAAAACGUGAGAGAAACUUCGAGCAAACAUGGGUUACUGCAUCUCCAAAGCAACCUUCUUUCUGAAACAGUAGGAGAGAUUAAGUUAACAAGUGUCAAAAAGGGAAUUUCUGUAAUACAGCACAGGCUCCAGCAAAAGAAGGUUCUUUUGAUUCUAGAUGAUGUUGACAAAGAGGAACAACUAAAGGCACUUGCUGGAAGACCACAUUGGUUUGGUCUAGGCAGUAGAGUCAUCAUAACAACUCGAGACAAACAGUUGCUAAAAUGUCAUCGGGUUAAAAGAACAUACGAAGUGAACGAAUUGAAUGAGGAAAAUGCUCUUGAAUUACUUACUUGGAAAGCUUUCAAGUUUGAACAAUUUGAUCCAAGUUACAAGGAUGUUUUGAAUCUGGCAGUAACUUAUGCCUCGGGCCUUCCAUUGGCUUUGGAAGUAAUAGGUUCCAACUUAUGUGGAAGAAAUAUAGAACAAUGGAAGUAUGCUUUGGAUAAGUACAAGAAAAUUCCUAAAAUGGAUAUCCAGGACACACUUAAAGUGAGUUAUGAUGCUUUGGAAGAAGAUGAACAGAGUGUUUUUCUUGACAUUGCUUGUUUCUUCAAAAACUAUGAUUUGGCAGAGGUCGAAGAUAUACUUCGUGCUCAUCAUGGUCAUAGCAUUAAACAUCAUAUUGACGUGUUGGUCGAAAAAUCUUUCAUAAAGAUUAGUUUGGAUGGUAAAGUGACACUACAUAAUCUGAUAGAAGACAUGGGUAGAGAAAUUGUGCGGAGAGAAUCACCCAAAGAGCCUGGGAAACGUAGCAGGUUAUGGUUCCCUCAGGAUAUAGUUCAAGUUUUAGAAGACAAUAAGGGAACUGGUCAGAUUGAAAUCAUAUGCGUAGAUUUCCCUUCAUUUGAAGAAGUGGAAAUAGAAUGGGAUGGAGAUGCCUUCAAAAAGAUGAAAAAUCUCAGAACACUUAUUAUCAGAAAUUGUCAUUUCUCCAAAGGUCCAAAACAUCUUCCUAAUUCUUUGAGAGUGAUGGAAUGGUGGAGAUAUCCUUCACAGAAUUUUCCACAGGAUUUUCAUCCGAAGAAACUUGCUGUAUUCAAGUUACCAUACUGUGAGUUUACAUCACUAGAGUUGACUGACUUAUUAAGACAGAAGUUUGUGAAUAUGACAAGUUUAAAUUUUGACGAAUGUCGAUAUUUGAAACAGAUACCUGAUGUAUCUUGUCUCAUACAUUUGGAAAAUUUGUCAUUUCGAUGGUGUCCAAAAUUAUCUUCACUUCACUACUCAGUCGGGUUCUUGGAAAAACUUAAAAUCUUAGAUGCAGAAGGUUGCUCCAGGCUCAAGAGUUUUCCUCCAAUCAAGUUAACUUCUCUUGAGCAACUCAAACUUCGGUAUUGUCACAGUCUUCAAAAUUUUCCAGAAGUAUUAGGAAACAUGGAAUAUGUAAGAGAACUUGACUUGAAAGAAACUCCUGUAAAAAAAUUCCCACCUUCAUUUCGAAAUCUUACACGGCUGCAAAAGUUACAUCUGUGUUUGAGUGUUCGAGUAAUGAAAAGUGGUUGUGAUGGCCUUCCCCUUUCAAGCAUUUGCAUGAUGCCAGAACUGGUUGAUAUUGCAGCAAAUGAAUGGGAAGGGGGGCUUUUCCGUGAAGCCAAUGAGGGUGCAGAAAAAGUGAGCUCAAUCUUGUCUACAAACGUUCAAUAUCUUCAACUCAGAUGCUGCAACUUAACAGAUGAUUUUUUUCCAACACUUCUCCCAUGGUUUGCUAAUAUGAAGAACUUAGACCUAUCAGGGAAUAAUUUCACAGUCAUUCCAGAAUGCAUCAAAGAAUUCCACUUUUUAACAAGGCUUAAUUUGAACUUCUGUGAGCGACUUCAAGAAAUUAGAGGCAUUCCUCCAAACCUGAAACAUUUCUUUGCAAUAGAUUGUCAAUCCUUGACUUCCUCAUGUAGAAGCAUGUUACUAAAUCAGGAACUGCAUGAGGCUGGAAGCACCUUCUUUUAUUUGCCAGGAGCCAAGAUUGCAGAGUGGUUUGAGAUUCAAACAUUGGAACUGCCAAUUUCUUUCUGGUUUCGUGGCAAACUCCCAGCCAUGGCUAUUUGUCUUGCAAUGGAACGAGUGUGGGAGUAUUCCUCAUCAGAAGGUGGUAAAUACAGACCCUUGGUGAUCCAUAGCACAUUUAGACUCAUGUCACCCAUUGUGAUCAUCAAUGGCAACGAACAUUUGUUAGAAACUUGGGAGAUGUUGGAUGAUUGUACUUGUGUUUUUGACCUGAGGGAGACAAAACUGAAAAAUGAUUUAGAUGAAGAACUUGUGGAAAACGAAUGGAACCAUGCAGAGGUUACGUGUCGAUACGUGAGUUUAGACCAAACCUUAAUAAAACAUGGAAUCCAUGUAUUUAAACAGGAAAGUAGCGUGGAAGAGAUUCGAUUCACUGAUCCUUCCAGAAAAAGAAAUCUUGAUGAUGAACUCAAUAGCUCAAAAUCACAGCAGCAACAGUUGCUGAAAAAACAAAGAUGAGUGCACAAAGAAGUUGGUGAAACAC